GAAAAAACGCGAGAAAUUGAUAAAAUAUAAGUUCGGGUACCCCAACUCCAACCCCGUUGCCCAAGUAUGCCCGUGAAACCGCCUAUAUAAAGGAGGCAUCUUUGUUCGAGCAAUUCUCGCUCACUCAACCAUUUCUAACGUAUUCUUUGAAUAUUAUUUCUAUAAUAAUAUCAAAGCCCUCCCUGUUUUUCUCUGAUUUUCCCUCAUUUUCCGGGAAAAUCUUUUUUCUUCCUCAUUCCGCUAAUCUCAUUUACUUUCUUGAUUCUUUAUUUUUAAUUUCUUCUUUUCUUUUUUGUGUUUCAAGAUCUGCAUGGUGAAGUCCAUUUUCGCAGCAUAAAUUUUGUUCCUUUACAUAGAAAGGAAAAAUCCAACUUUAAAUCUAUUAAAAAUAUUCUUCUGAAGGGAUCGGCGUGGGUAUUUUGAAGAUUAGGGUAAAACGGAAGUGUUGCUCCGGUUGUAAUUGAGUCCUCUACUGCUUCUUUUGAGGGAGUAGCCGGGGCCUCGGCCUCGGCGGGUUUUAAAGCUCCCACCUUUUGAAACCUAUCAAAUCUCAACUUUUUUUUUCGAAUCUUCGUUUAGUUAGUCUCAGAUUCAUUGUAGGGAUGCCGGCCCUGGCUUGCUGCGUAGAUGCUGCUGCCGUAGCGCCUCCUGGUUACGCGGCUUUCUUUGCUGGGGACAGCUCCCUUCCCUCGGCGGUCCCUUUUUCCGCCUCCACCGCCGACGCCGCUGAUUCCAACUCAACCCAUUGGUCCCCAGCGCACUCCUCCGCUCUCUACCGCAUCGACGGAUGGGGAGCCCCCUACUUUUCCGUCAAUAACGCCGGCAAUAUCACCGUUCGUCCGUACGGAACGGACACUCUGGCCCACCAAGAAAUCGAUUUGCUGAAAAUCGUUAAGAAAGUCUCGGAUCCGAAAUCUGUGGGCGGGCUGGGUUUACAGCUUCCCCUUAUUGUUCGGGUGCCCGAUGUGCUGAAAAACCGGCUCGACUCUCUUCAAUCGGCUUUUGAAUCAGCCAUCCAAGCCCAAGGCUACGAGUCUCAUUACCAAGGCGUUUAUCCCGUGAAAUGUAACCAAGAUAGGUUCGUUGUUGAAGACAUAGUUAAAUUCGGGGCGCCCUUCCGCUUCGGGCUUGAGGCCGGGUCAAAACCCGAACUUCUCCUUGCCAUGAGCUGCCUUUGCAAGGGAAACCCAGAGGCGUUAUUGGUCUGCAAUGGUUUCAAAGAUGCUGAGUACAUUUUCCUUGCCUUGCUAGCAAGGAAGCUCGCGUUGAACACUGUAAUUGUUCUUGAAGAAGAGGAGGAGGUGGAUUUGGUUAUUGAAAUAAGCAAGAAACUUUCUGUUCGACCCGUGAUUGGAGUCCGAGCCAAGCUGAGAACCAAACACUCGGGUCAUUUCGGAUCCACCUCGGGUGAGAAAGGUAAGUUCGGGUUGACAACGAUCCAGAUUUUAAGGGUUGUUAAAAGGCUUCAGGAUUCGGGGAUGCUUGAUUGUCUGCAAUUGUUACACUUCCAUAUUGGAUCCCAAAUCCCUUCAACAGCUUUGCUUCAAGCUGGUGUCGUCGAAGCUGCUCAAAUCUAUUCCGAAUUAGUCCGUCUUGGUGCUGACAUGAAAGUUAUUGACAUUGGAGGCGGCCUUGGAAUCGACUACGACGGGUCAAAAUCCGGUAAUUCUGAUCUCUCUGUUUCUUAUGGCCUUCAGGAAUAUGCUUCAGCUGUUGUUAAUGCUGUUCGGUUUGUCUGUGACCGUAAAUCUAUCAAGCAUCCAAUUAUCUGUAGUGAAAGUGGUAGAGCUAUUGUUUCCCAUCAUUCUAUUUUGAUAUUUGAGGCCAUGUCUGCUACUGCUCCUACUACCCCAGCAAUGAACCAAGUUGACCUUCCAUUUAUUUUGGAGGGUCUCUCGGAGGAUGCUCGUGUCGAUUGUUGGAACUUGAGCCAGGCAGCAAUGAGACAUGAGACGGAGUCCUGUUUCGUUUAUGCUGAUCAGUUGAAGCAAAGAUGUGUGGAACAGUUCAAAGAAGGGACUUUGGGGAUUGAACAGCUUGCCGCUGUUGAUGGCUUAUGCGACUUAGUUUCUAAAGUGGUUGAUGCAUCUGAACCUGCUAGGACAUACCAUGUCAAUCUUUCGAUUUUCACUUCGAUCCCUGAUUUUUGGAGUAUUGGUCAGAUUUUUCCCAUAGUCCCCAUUCAUCGAUUGGAUGAAAGGCCUGAAGUGAGGGGGAUUUUGUCUGAUUUAACCUGUGACAGUGAUGGGAAGAUUGAUAAGUUCAUAGGAGGUGAAACAAGCUUGCCUUUACAUGGGUUGGAAGGUAAUGGUGGUGGUAGCAGUGGUGGUGCUAAUGGGCGGUACUAUUUAGGGAUGUUCUUGGGUGGGGCUUACCAGGAAUCCCUCGGUGGAGUUCACAACCUCUUUGGUGGCCCAAGUGUUGUUAGCGUGUCGCAGAGUGAUGGUCCAUAUAGCUUUGCGGUUACACGGGCGGCGCCUGGUCCGUCAUGUGGGGAUGUCCUCCGAGUGAUGCAGCACGAGCCCGAGCUCAUGUUUGAGACCCUCAAGCACCGUGCGGAAGAAUUUUGUGGACAGGACCAUGGCAAUGAAGGCACCCAUGCUGCUUUAGUUAGCACCAUUGCUCGUUCUUUCCACAACAUGCCUUAUCUUGUAGCGGCAUCUCCUUGUUCGUUGACUGCCAUGAAUAACAAUGGCUUCUACUAUUGCAAUGAGGAAGAUUACAAUGCUGCUGUCGAUUCUGGGGCUAGUGAGGACGAGCAGUGGUCCUAUUGCUACGCCUGAGGCAGUGUUCUACUAUUUGCUUUAUUGCAUGGUUUUGCCAGUCCUUGAAUGUCUAGUUAUUUUUAAUUUUGUCCCCCUUUUAAUGAUCUUCUUUUACUGUUAAUUUCCAUCGCUUGUAAGCAGUGAUUGUUAGCAUGCAUACAAGGUGUUUUGCACCUUGUCGGGUAGAAGGGAUGAGAACCGAAUCCAUCCUUUUCUGUAAAUCCGGGAUUUUAUGCCCUCUCCAUGUUUCUUUUAAGCCGACUUUAUUAGUUUUAUUUCUAUUUUGAGUUGACUGUGGUGGAUGUUACUCUAUUUUUCGUUGUUUUUAAGCUUUAUGCUUUUUACCAUCAUAAAGCUUUCCAA